GGCUUCCGGGGGUGGCUUCUGGCCUUGUCGGCAUGCUGGGCCUGCACCAGGCCGUGGCUCUCUGGAGGUCAUUCAGCCCAGCACCCCCUGAGCAAGUCCCUCAGGGUUUGUCCACGCGGCUUUGGAAUGUCCUUAGGCAAGGAGACUCCACAGGUUCUCUGGGCAAGCCGCGCCCACCGAGGAAGGAGGAAAGAGAAGUGGAAGCAGACGGAGCAGUUCCUGAGAAGGAGGAGAGGCGCGAGCCCAGCCUGAUGCACCCCCUGCGCCGCCGCCGGAGCUACGUCCCGCCCGAGGACCUGCAGAGCUGCCUGGAGUCCCACGUCAGGGAGGUCUUCGGGCCCUCUGUUCCCGAGGACUGGCAGCAGGCUCCCCUGCAGGAGAAGAGGCUGAAGCACCGCCUGCUGGCCCGGCUGGCAGCGGAGCUGGGACAUGCCGUCCCCAACUCGCAGCUGCACCGCAUGCGCUGCGCUGGGGACGUGCUGGGCUUCUACUGCACCCCUGUGAGGGACGGCACCAAGAUCGAUGAACUCGCGGCCGCAGAGCUGCCCCCGAACCUGAAAAUCAUCUGGCAGCAGUGAGUCCCCCCAUGCAGCAUCCUGUGCCUGGCUGGUGCUGCAGGGCAGCAGCAGAGCCCUCUGGUUGGGGUGAGAGCUGUGAAUUUCGGUAAUAAAGGUUCACUGAGCUGUGCUCA